AUGAUCUAAAAAACAGAUUACUUUGUUGAUGACGAUAAAGAAAGGGAAUAUAGAAUUCAAAGAAUGGAAAAGCAAUUAAUUGAAAACUAGUUUACUAAGUAAACGUAUCCAAAAAAAUAUGAUUAUACAAUCUCGAAAAGUAACUAUGCAGUUCCAAUAAAUUAAUUGGAUUAUAAAUCAUUUUAUCAAUCCUUUAUGCCUUAAGAUUAGAAAUAGAUGAGUCUUUAAAAUUUAUAAGCUUCUUAAAAUAAAACAUCGACAUUUAAAUUGAGUCAUGAUAAUAAUAAAAAGGAAGUAACACCAAAUAAAAAGCAGCAAUAAUCAUUAUAUCGAGAUAUCUUAUAAAAAUAAGUUGAAGAGAAACAAAUAUAAUUGAAAUAGUAAAAGGUGAAGCUUGAAUGCACUGAUCUCUUUACUAAUAAUUAAUCGAACACACCAAAUAAUAAGAUUAACAGUUUGAGUAAGUCAGAAUAUUAGAAUUAUUUGUAAUUGUAAAUAUUGGAGAAAUAAGGCAGUAAUAACAAAAGAUUUGAUUCUCCUAAUAAAAAUUUAUAAUAAAUUGAGGAGUAGACUCAAGAUAAAAAUUCUAAGGGAUCAAAAGAAUUUUAAAUAAUUUAGAAGUAAUUAAAAUAAUAUUAGGAAGAAAAACAAUAAAAGGAUCGUAAACUUUUACUGCAGUAGAAAUUUGAGUAGUCAACGUCAAUUCAUGAGAAAACUAAAGAGAAGACUUUUUCUCCUGAGAAUCAUAAUAGAAAGAAGAAUUAUAUAUAGGAAGAAGAAGAGGACAAAGCCAGAACUUAACAAUAGAAAAGUGUUGUAUCCAAAAUAUUGACUGAAUAAAUACAGGAAAAAUAGAAAAAAAGAAAUGAGGAGAAAAAGCAAUAGGAAACAGAGGACAAAUUGGCUGAAGAGAGAUGGAAAAACGAAGUUUAAAUGAUGAAAGAGGAGAAAAAAAAAGAAGAAGAACUCAAAAAGGAAUAAUAAGGAAAAAUUCAAUAGGAGAAUAUUAGGAUGCAUUAAUUGAAGUUAAAGCAAUAGGAGGGGAGAAACAGGAGCAAAUCAAAUUCAUUGCAAGAAUCAAGGAAUGAGGAGGAAUUCAAAGAAGAACUGAAAUAUUUUUAAUAAGAGAUAGAAGAAGAAGAUUAUUAAUCAGAAUUGCUAUAACAAAAUGAGUAGAUGGAUGAUGUACCAUAAUAAUACUAAUAAUAAUAUCACUAUUAAUUUACAGAAAAUAAUGUCAAACCAAAUAAGACUUAAAGUUUUAUUGAUUAAUAGAAUUUGGAAUUAGAUUAAAUAAGACAUUAGAUGAUGGAUUAAUAAUAGUAAUUAGAAAGACAAAUUCAUGCUGCAAAGAAAUUGGCUUAAAUAGGUUUAUUAGAAGGGAAGAAUAGAAUAGAAAAAGAGAUAGUAAUUUAGUCAGGUAGAAAUAAUCAAUAUUUUAAUGAAGAUUAUUCAAUAGGAUUGCUUAGUAAAAAUUAAAGUAAGUAUUAAUAUGAAUUACCUUUUCUAUUUAAUUAAAAAAUCUAACGUGAUUAUUUAUAUACAGAUAAUCUAUUGAGUAAAGUUCAAUUCAAUGGUUAAUCUAGUUUAAUGCCAAUUUCUAUUCAGAAUAAUAAAAACCCAUCAAUAUAUUAGGUAUCUUCUGAAUAACAACAGAAUGAAGCUCGGUCAAAAUCGAAUUCUCAACAUUCUAAAUAACAUUUUCAUACUUAGUUAAUAGAGUCACAAAAACUUAAAUAAAAUGAUGCCUUAAGUCAAUUGCUUUUAGAGUAUCAUGAUUGA